CUGUGUAUAUUUUACAAAGAUAAAUGUUAAAAUAAAAAAUAGCUGGAAUACAUAAAUAAUUCAAAAAAACCUGUAUUAAAAAAUAUAAACAAGAAUAUUAAACAAGAAAAUCACAAUGUGCAUCCUGCCACAUGAUUUGGAAAUAUUUUUCAAAGUCAAUAUAACAUAAAUUAAAAAAAAAAAAUACCUACCGCUUUAAAAUAAAACGAAAUUAAAAAAUAAAUAUAUGUUAAAAAUUUGUGAACAAAAUUUGGGAUUAACAUCUUUGGAUUUCCUGUCUAUAAGUAAAAUAUAAAAAUUAUCAUCAUUUUGGAUUUAACAUAUCAAAUAUCUGCCAUGGAGGACGAUACCGAUGACAGGGACGAUACUAAAAGGCGAUCGCGAAACUUAAGUGAAAAGAAACGGCGAGAUCAAUUUAAUUCACUGGUUAACGAUUUGAGCGCUUUGAUUUCGACAUCAAAUCGAAAGAUGGACAAAUCCACGGUACUGAAGUCAACGAUAACAUUUCUCAAGCAUCACAAUGAAGCAACUGAUAGGUCAAAGGUUUUUGAAAUACAGCAGGAGUGGAAGCCCUCGUUUCUCAGCAACGAUGAGUUCACUCAGCUGAUGUUGGAAUCUCUGGAUGGGUUUAUAAUUGUUUUUGGGAGUAGCGGAUCGAUUUUUUAUACAUCGGAUAGUGUUACAGCCCAAUUAGGUUAUUUGCCGUGUGAUCUCAUGAAAAUGACAAUUUUUGAUUUAUCCUACGAAAUGGAUCACGAGAUACUUUUGAAUAUGUUCCUCAAUCCCAAGCCCGUAAUUGCUCCCAUGCAAACUGACAUUGGCGCCCGCAAUCAAAUAACCUUUUUCCUGCACUUGAAACGUAGGGGCACUGAGGAUGGCGAUCGGAACUCGUUUGAAUUAGUAAAAUUUGUAGGUUAUUUUAGAAACGAUGCAAAAAUCGAUGUGGUUGAUCAAAAUACUCAAACAUCUUUGCCUCGUACACUCCAACGGAAUGCCACAUCCGCGAUGGAUCUGGACCACAAGUUGAUCUUUGUCGGUACUGGCCGUUUGCAAAUGCCUCAGAUGAUACGUGAAAUAACCGUAACAGAUCCGACCUGCAGCGAAUUUACCUCAAAACACAGCAUGGAAUGGAAGUUCCUGUUUCUUGAUCAAAGAGCCCCUCCCAUAAUUGGAUAUAUGCCUUUCGAAGUUUUGGGUACCUCAGGCUAUGACUACUAUCACUUUGAUGAUAUUGAUGACAUUGUUAGCUGUCAUGAGAAAUUAAUGCAAGAAGGCAAAGUUAAAUCGGGUUACUAUCGCUUCUUAACCAAGGGUCAUCAAUGGAUUUGGCUCCAAACUGAUUCGUAUAUUUCCUACAAUCAGUACACCACCAAACCGGAAUAUGUGGUCUGCACUCACAAGGUCAUCAAUUAUAUAGACGUUUUAAAAUACGGCACUUAUGACAGAAAUAAACCGGCCUCUUCGGCCAAACCGUCAUCAUCAUCAUCAUCGUCUGCUCUAGCCCCCCGUGAAAUGGCGAACAAAAAUCCCACCAAUACAAUAGAUACAAAAUUACCCGUAACACCAACUGAUAUUAAUGCGGAUACAGUUCCAACGUUAACAGCCUCGACGGCAGCGGUGGCUUGCACCACGCCCAACAACAACAUGAUAACUGUCAGUAGUUCCAACAACAUAUACAGCCACCCCACAAAUCUAAUUGGCGAUAUUCUGCGCAAUGAAACUCCACCCAGUUUAGAUUCAUCGACGCUAUGGACAAAUCCACCCACCCCCACCGGAGCAGGUCAGAGCUGUCAACUGCAGGCCAUAAAAUCGAAUUCUCGUCCAGCUUCUAGUUAUGGUAAUAUUAGCUCGACGGGUGUUUCACCGAAUGUGAAACGAAAACGCUACAUGUACAAUUGCCGUGGCAAUGAAUCGGAUUCCACGUCGAUGUCUGCUGAAUCGGGCACAAGCCGUCAAUCAUUAAUGACGCAUAUGAGUACGGGUCGGCAAAGGUUUACUUCCAAUUUGGGGCACAGCAAUUAUUCCGGCAGCGGACAUCACCAGCAACAGAACUUGACAUCCACAAAUCCCCAUCAUCACUCACACUUUUCACAUCACCAGCAAAAUCAUUCGCAACAACAGUCAUCCCAACACGCCCAGAGCCUACAUCAGCAACAACAAAUGCAAAUGAAUUCUUCGCCACAGGGUCAAAGAAUGUUCCAGUCGAUACCUGCAAUCGUACAGGGAAGCCCUAUAGCCGGCACUGGAACGUGUCAAUUUUCUCAGCCUACAUUUCCCAUACGAAGUCCUCAAAUUGUGGCUCCACCCUUUAUAGAAUCGCCGCAAUAUCUCACAGCGAUACCGGUGCAGCCGGUCAUAGCUCCAUUUCAGGUUGCCCCAGUUAUAUCACCCCUACCGCAUCAUCCCCAGCACGAGAUGAUAGCUGCGCCAGUAGUAAUGACCCCAUCCCAAAACCAAUUGCAAGAACAGCUUCAACGAAAACAUGACGAAUUGCAGAAGUUAAUUCUUCAGCAGCAGGAUGAACUGCGAAUUGUUUCCGAGCAACUGCUGUUGGCUCGCUACACCCUGCUGCAGCCAAUGAUGCCAGUGAACUAUGGCCAAACCGAUGCUCUGACGCUGGGCAACAACAGUCGCAACAUUAAUUUCAACAACAAUGCGGUACAACAGCAAUUCAAUCAAUACGGAUUUGCAAUGAAUUCCAACGAAAUGAAUAACCAACAAAUCAUGUUGCAGCAUCAGCAAAAUUUACAACAACAACUGCAACAUAGUCAAGCUCAGCGACACCAGUGUCAACAACAACAGCAGCAGCAGCAGCAACAGCAUCAGGCAAGCCAACAGCUACAGGCGAAUAUGGCAAACACAACUAAUGCAGCAAGUAACACCCAUCCGCCACACCAACCCAUACAUUCCGAAGAGCCGGAUGAAAUGCUUCUAAAUCGAAAUGUUCCGGACUUGGAGCAAUUCGCUCAGGAAGAAUUUGAUGCUUUUCUAAAUCUAUCGCCGUUACAAAAUAUAGGCACCUCCGAACCAACGCUGAAUAGUAUCUCAGCAACAGUACAAAAUCCGAAUGCAGCAAAUCCGAAUACUCCCGCCAAUAUCAGCAGUACAUCAAACCCCCUCAACAGUGCUGAUUCAGGGCACAUUAUGGAAACGACACCAUACAAAGGGGAUUCGAACAAUGCUGCCGCUACAACCAGCGAAGAUUCAAUCUUCUCCUACAUACAACUGGCCGCAGAAUCUAGUCAUCCCAUGAACUUCAACAUGAAUAUCAGUGAUGACAUCACGGAUGCAAAUGUAGAGGAUAACAAGCUAAUGUCUCAUUCCGCCAACAAUGAGAGAAGUAACAUCAAUCACGCCGACCAUCAUCAGCUUGCCUUGCCCAACCCUCAACCCACAUCACAGCAAAAUACAUCACCCUUGGGUCCGCAACAAUCUCAGCGAUCUACAUUAUUUGCUGCAUGUCAAUCGUCUCCCAGAACAAAUGAUGUUCAACUUCCCAAUACCACAGCACAUCAGCCGACAUCACAGAUUGGCAACAACAGUGGCAUCAACAACAACCCAACUUCCAAUAACAACGAUUCGAGUGCUUUGUCAAAUACCAUGAAUCGAAUAUUGCCAUUUCAAAUUGCCUCAGAACCAUUGGAAAAUAUCUUCAAUACCACAAACUCCUCCACGCAGCAAAGUGGGGGAACAAAUCCAUAACAGUACUCUAAUUAUUUCGGAUAAUAGGCGAAAUUUUUUGUAAAUAUGUAGGUAUGUAAGUUCUGUGUAAAUAUAGUUAUAGGAAUUAAGUUGUAUAUUCCAUUUCAUCCAAUACACCCGGUCAUAUAAUUUAUUGUAUUCAUUGAAUAUACUCCACUAAACUAAAAGACAUUUCUAUUACAAACAUGGCAAGAAAAUUUGGAUCCCAAAAUCGAUCUGGCAAAUAUGAAUGAAUGUGAUUUUUUCCGAAAUAUGUCUGGGGAAUUUUGUCUAGUUAAAUUAAAUUUUCUGAAAGCUAGUCUAAAUUACUUCGAACAUUCUAAAAAAGAAAACAAGUAAAAAAACAUUAAGUUCGGCCGGGCCAAACUUUCAAUACCCUCCACCUUAGGGUAAAGGAAACAUUAGGGCCCAUUAUGACCCACAUAUACCAAUUUUUAAACACAUUCAUGGGAAAAUGUGCCAAAAAUCAUCAAAAUUCCAAAUAUCGGGAAAUACGGCUAUAUGAGGCUAUACAAAAACGUGGAGCUAUACAUACAGUGUUUCGCCAAAAGAGCUAGAAUCCAUUAAGACCAAAAAAUACCAAUUUGUAGACAAAUCCGCGAAGAAAUAUGGCAAAAACCGUUAAAAUGCCGAAUAUCGGGAGGUACCGUUAUAUGGGGACAAUACCAAAUCGUGGACCUAUACAUGCAAUGUUUCGCCAAAAGUGCAAGAACCUAUUAUGACCUACAAAUGUCAAUUUUCAGACAAAUCCGUGAAAAAAGUGGCAAAAAUCGGGAGGUACCGUUAUAUGGGGACUAUACCAAAACGUGGACCUAUAAUUACAAUGAUUCGCCACACGAACUAGGACCUAUUAUGACCUACAAAUACCAAUUUUUAGACAAAUCAGUGAAAAUAUGUGGCAAAAACCAUCAAAACACCGAAUAUCGGGAGGUACCGUUAUAUGGGAGCUAUACCAAAUCGUGGAGCCAUACAUGCAAUGUUUCGCCACCGGAGCUGGAACCCAUUAUGACCAACAAAUACCAAAUUUUAGACAAAUCCGUGAAAAAAUAUGGCAAAAAUCAACAAAAUACCAAAUAUCGGGAGGUACCUUUAUAUGGGGACUAUACCAAAGCGUAGGCCGAUAUAUCUCAUUUUCAAUACCAGCCAUCCUAGAUACAAUACAAAUUGCUCUGAUAAAUUUUGGCGCUCAACGUCAAAUAAUGUGGACUGUAUCGUGAUUUCAACCGACAGACGGACAUCGUUAAAUCGACUUAGAAUUUUAUGCUGAUUAUGAAUAUAUAUACUUUAUGGGGUCUACGGCGAAUGUUUAAGGAUGUUACAAAAGGAAUGACAAAGUUAAUAUACCCUCCUUUCCAAGGUGGAGGGUAUAACAAAAACAAGUAAAAAAGCAUUAAGUAAGUUGAAUACCCUCCACCAUUUGGAACGAAUUAGAAAAUUUUCAAAAAAUAAAAUCCAUUAAAAAUUCUGUUAAAAUCUUUAAAAAAUCUAACAUCGGAAGAUAUUAGAUAUAUCGAUAUACGAUAUUGUAGACCUAUAUAGACAAUUACCUUUCAGGGGUUAAAGUGCUCACAAAGAACUCCUUGUGUAGAAUUUCAGACAAUUCCAUUGAAAAAUGUGUCUAAAAUCAUCAAAAUACGCAAUAUCGCGGGGUACCGUUAUAUGGGGGCUAUACGAUAUCGUGGACCGAUAUCUUCGAACUUGACCUGCCUGCAGACAAAAGAGAGAUCUGUGCAAAAUUUUAGCUUCCUAUCUUUAUUCGUUUAGAUUGUACAACAGACGGACGGACAGGGAUAAAUCGUCUUAGAAUUUUACGCUGAUCAAGAAUAUAUAUACUUUGUUGGGUCUAAAAUGAUUAUUUCGAUGAGUUACAAACGGAAUGACGAACUUAAUAUACCCUCCAUACUAUGUAUGGUGGAGGGUAUAAAAAUACUAAAUUGUACUAAAUAUUGUAACGACCCAUACUCCCACAAUUAGGGCCUGUAUUGAGAACUUUUGCGAGGAUACUUGCAAAAAUCUUUCCAAUACCGAAUAUCAGUAGGUUACGUCGUGUAAGUACUUUUGAAACUUUUUUUGCCAUAAAAUGCUACCUAAUUAGAACCUAAAAUAUUAAACUGCAACUGAUUCCGUGGGAAAAUGAGACAGAAGCCUUCAAAAUACAGAAAACCAGGAGACGUUGUUAUAUAUUGCAAUGUCAAUUUGGAGAUCAUUUAAUUGAAACUUGGAAAAAAAUUGGGCGCCACUUUUGUUACAAAAAGAAGAACCUUCCAAAUUCCAAAAAUCGGAAAAUACCUUAAUAUGAGAGCAUUGUUUGUAAUCACAUAAUGAGAAGCAGAUAUUUUAAGUUUUAGUUAAUUUUGUGCGAAAUUAUAACAAACUUUCGUAUUCCAAAUACCAAGAGGUGUCAUAAAAUGGGACCUACAUUAAAUUCUGAAUCUACAAAGAGACUUUUUGCGAGAUAAAUUCUACCUAAUUAGGUCCCGAUAUUUCCAAUUUCAGCUAGUUUGUUGGAACUUGUUUCUGAAAACGUCAACAUAACGAUAAUUGGGAGGUACUGUUAUAUGGGAAAAUCUCUAUGUAAUUUCUUGAGAGAAUGUUAUGGUGUUCAUUUUUUGUUUAAUAAACAUUUGUUCUGUUCCAGAACUGCAAGAUUGUAAAAUAAAAUGUUGAUAAAGCUUACCAUUAUGGAGACAUAGAAAAACUAAAAAUUUGGACUUUUGUCAUAAAAUAUGUUUUUAUACCCUACAACACUAUGUGUUGGGGGUAUUAUAAGUUCGAUUGGUUCAAAAAUUAUGUAACACCUCGAAAUAUUGGUUUCCCACGUAGGAAAGUAUGUAUGGAUCUUCCUAUCUCGCAGAGCUGAUUCGAUCUAGCCUAUGUAUGUCUGUCCGUUCAUGUUAAUUUGUAAUUAUUCUACAGGUCGCAAUUAAGGCCAGAAUAGCAGCCUAUUGCUUUUGGAUGAUCGCAUAAUAUUUAGGGUUCGGAAUGGACCAAAAACUGAAAAAUCGACGCGGACGCGUUCCAAUUUUGAUGAUCAUCGGGUAAUAUUUAGUGGGUGAAAUAGAUCAUAACAUGUGUAUUAAAUAAAAGGCAACAUUUCCAUUAAAACGCGAAUAUUUUUAAUGCCGGCGAAAUCACAAAUAGACGAACAGGUCAAUUCUGACCGUUAUGUAGAUGCCAUAGUAAAUAUAUCGGAUAUAUAUAGCGAAAUAUAUACACUGUAUAUAUCCAAAGAAGGGGAUGUUAGCUAGAAUGCUUAUAUCUCAAGAAUGGCUGGACCUAUUUUGACAAAUUUUGUCAAUUCAGAAUGCCCUCUUGGCAUUAAAGUAUAAAAACUAAAAAAAAAAACCGAACUAAAAGAUUUCAAUAACGAUAUUAACAGUACGUUUACAUAUAAAAAGGAUUUGGAUUGAAAUUGUCAUAUCCAUUACUUAUACUUCAAAUAAAUCCUCAUAACGUAGGUUAACCCUACAAAAUGUUUGUACUAUUUUGUAAUAUUUUUUUAUUUUUCAUAUUUUUUAUCGCAUGCGAUUUUUUUCAAUUUCGACUUAUAAUAUUGAAGUGUAUAUUUUGUAAUAUUUUUGCACCUUACAACACAGGUUGGGGUUAUUAUAUACAGAUUGCAAUUAUCGUCCGAUCCUGACGAACAUUUUCACAUGGGCAGGGUUAGGCUCAGAAGGGCUAGGUCUAUUGUUUUCAAAGAUGUCCACAAUAUAUUUAGGGGUUGAAAUGGACCAACAAUUAAAAAUGUUCCUGAUUUUGCAGCCGUUAUAAACGUCACAAAUAGAAACCAAUGGACACGCAUGAAGUCAGAGUUUAGGAAAGCGGGUGGAAUGGACCACUACUAUUGUGUAAAAAAAUACGAACAUUAUUUACAGGCGAUAUCCGAUAUAAACGCGGUUUUAUACUGAUUUGGUUGACAAACAUAACCAAAUAUCGUGGACAAGCAAAUUAUAUAGAUGAGUAUAAAUUUGGAGCUACAGAGGGGCCUCUUGCUUCUGGAGAUGAUCGCAAAAUAUUUAUGGUUUCAAAUGAGCCAAAAACAGAAAAAUAUACCAGAUCACACAAUUGAAGUCAAUCGACACGUCGGAGAAGAGAGUGAAGGACAGGGAAGAAUUCUAGCAUUUUGGAUGACCAAUGGAUUAUAUUUAUCUGUAAAAUGGACCAUAACAACUAACAGCACGACGGAGUCCGUAAAUAUUGAGCAAAUAUCCCUGCUCAAAAUGUUAAGUAUAAUGUAUGGGCAGUGCUCCAUAACAUAAUUUCUAAAGCGAAAUCUUGCAAAAUUGACAUUUUGUAGUGUUGUAGGGUAUCACAUUGUCAACCCCGCACGGCUUCACUUCAUAGGUUAUGUCAGUAGUGAACAUUCUUUGAGGGAGAAUGUAUGAGUACUGAGAACCUUAAAUAUGCAGUUGAUUUUCUUAGAAAUUCUGGCUGAAUCCUUAAAUAUUCCUGAUGAGGAUGAUGGCCAUAGGAUUAAAGUUCUAAUAAGUAAAAAAACUACAGUUGGUUUGGGACAAUUAUGUGAUUUAGCUUUCAAACGGACUAAAAAUUGGUAGACAAAAUUCCACUUAAAUAUAUUUUUAAGGUUCCAAGGAUUUUUGGUAAAGAUUGGGGAUUAAUUUAUAUUUUCAACCAAACUGGCUGGAAAUUGGCAGUUUGUGCCAAAAAAAAAACUUCUUGAAUAGUACUGAACUCAUAUGGGUUCAAGAACCCAUAACGGUGUUUAUACGAUUUUAGACACAUUUUAAAUGAGAUUUUUAAAACUAAAAUUGAUAUUUAAAAUUACAAUAGCAUGCAUGUCCACGUUUUCGUAUAUCCCCCAUAUACACAGAGGGUAGAUAUCAUUUGAUAUGACCAAACGAAAUAACGGUUAUAGGCCCUAGGUAUCUUUGUGCCAAAUCCGUUUCAGGACAUUUCGAAUCGAUCUAGGGGUAUACGUCCUUUCGUCCGUCUGGCUUGUGCGCACUAUAACGUUCGAAUUGAUCGAUUUGAUCUAAACAUAUUUCGGAGAUAGACAAUAUCUGGCCCCACAAAAGGUCAACAAUUUCAAGAAUAUAAAUUGUCGUAUAGAACAAGAAAGCAUCAUCCAUUUCUGUACAAAUUCAAAUAUUUGCAUCAGUGCUAUGUCAGGUACGAAAAUGGACCACAUCUGUUCACAUCACCAUGUACCUCCCCCAUAAAGGAUCAACAUUUAGAAUAAUUAUUAAUCUCAUAAAAUGCGAAAUCAGCAUCCUCAAAUUUCGCAUAUCCCAAUAAUUCUAUCCACAUAAGACCAGGUGUGAAAAUGGAGCAGACCACUCCACAAAGGGAUCAAAAUUUUUAAUUAUUAUAUCUCUCAUAUAAGCGAAAAAUCUUCAGAUUCUCUUAAAUUUCAUAUAUGCCAAUAUUUUUACUAAUGCAAGUUCCGGUGUGAAAGUGAUAGAUAUCGGACUACGCCUUCUUCCUCAAAGAGCGUUUAUUCCUAAAAAAUUGGUUAUAGAUGUCUGAGUAUUACAUUUGGUGGAAUGCUGUGGUCCAAUAUAUUUGGUACCUCACGCAUAAUAUUGGUCCACUCCUUGGGUAUUUCCUCCAUAAAGGGUCAACAUUUUGAAUAUAUAUUUAAAUAAAUUGACAUAGGUUGUGUACCCUCAUCUGGCGGCAAUAUCGACUGAUACAUUUUAACUUGUUUUUAUACCCACCACCAUAUUAUGGAGGGUAUAUCAAUUUUGUCAUUCCGUUUGUAACUCCUCGAAAUACUCAUGUCAGACCCAACAAAGUAUAUAUAUUCUUGAUCAGCGUAAAAUUCUAAGACGAUUUAGCCAUGUCCGUCUGUCUGUCUGUCUGUCUGUCUGUCUGCCUGUCUAUCUGUCUGUUGUAAUCACGCUAUCUUUCGAACGAAUUGAGAUAGAAAGAUAAAAUUUUGCACACAUGUAUACUUUGUCAGUAGGCAGGUUAAGUUCGUAAAUGGGCCAUGUAGGUCCACUUUAUCAUAUAGCCCCCAUAUAACGGUACAUCCCGAUAUUCGGUGUUUUGAUGAGUUUAGCGACAUUAUUCACCGGAAUUGAUUAAAAUUUGGCAUUUGAAGUUCGAAAUAGAUACUAUGGCCUAAGACAGGAAAUGGUCCAUGUAGGUCCACGUCUUCGUAUAGCCCUAUAUAACGGUACCUCCCGAUAUUCGGUAUUUUGAUGAUUUUAGCGACAUUAUUUUACAGAAUCGUUCCAAAUUUGGUAUUUGAAGUUUGUAAUAGACACUGCAGCAUAAAACAGAAAAUGGAUCAUGUAGGUCCACGUCUUCGUAUAGCCCCCAUAUAACGGUACCCCCCGAUAUUUGGUAUUUUGAUGAUUUUAACGACAUUAUUUACCGGGAUUGUUUCAAACUUGGUAUUUAAAGUUCGUAAUGGAUACUACGACCUAAGACAGGAAAUGGUCCAUGUAGGUCCACGUCUUCGUAUAGCCCCCAUAUAACGGUACCCCCCGAUAUUCGGCUUUUUGACGAUCUUAGCGACAUUAUUUACCGGAACUAUUUCAAAUUUGGUAUUUGAAGUUCGUAAUGGAUACUACAUCCUGAGACAAAAAAUGUCUUAGGACCAUGUAGGUCCACGUCUUCAUAUAGCCCCCAUAUAACAAUACCCCCGAUAUUCAGUAUUUUGAUGAUUUUAGCUACAUUAUAAAUAGAUUUUUCUUCAAGUUUCGGAUUUAAAUAUUGCAAUAACUUGUGAUAAAAGUUGCCUAAGCAGGUCCACAUCGUCGUAUUGGCAUUCGGUAUUUUUAAUUUUUAACAAAAUUUUUAACGGUUUUUUUUUUAAAUUGCCAAAUUUGUACCAAAUGGUGGAGGCCGAACUUACAACUUUUUAUACCUUCAGCCAUAUGGCUACAGAGGGUAUAUAUCAUUUGAUGCGGUCAAAACGUGCCUAGUCGAAAUAACGGUUUUAGACCCUAGGUCUCUUUGGACCAAAUCCGUUUCAGAACAUUUGGAGUCGAUCUAGCGAUGUCCGUCCGUCUGUCUGUCUGUCUGGCUGGCUGGUGCGCACGAUAACUCUCGAAGGGAGUAUCCGAUUUGGUCCAAACUUGGUACAUCGUAAUAUUUUUGUCAAACUUAGAUCAAGUUCGGAGAUGGGCAAGAUCGGUCCACUCCUUCUGGUACCUCCCCCACAAAAGGUCGAAAUUUGCAAAAAAAAUAUUCUUUGCACAGAAAGAGAAGGAAUAAUCCGAUUUUGCUCAAACUUUGCAAAUCCUAAUUUUUGCAUCAGUUCUAGGUCAGGUGUAAAAAUGGACAAUAUCGGUCCACUCCAUCAAGUACCUCCCCCACAAAUGGUCAAAAUUUUGAAUAAUUACAACUCUCAUAAAAUGUGAUUUAAGAGUUCGAUUGUCUUCAAAUUUCACCCAUCCCAAUCAUUUUAUUAGCCAAGGUCUGGUUUUAAGAUGGAGUAUAUCGGUCCACUCCUUGUGGUACCUCCCCCACAAAAGGUCGAAAUUUGAAAAAAAAUAUUCUUUGCACAGAAAGAGAAGGAAUAAUCCGAUUUUGCUCCAACUUUGCAAAUCCUAAUAUUUGCAUCAGUUCUACGUUAGGUGUAAAAAUGGACAAUAUCGGUUCACUCCUUCAAGUACCUCCCCCACAAAUGGUCAAAAUUUUAAAUAAUUACAACUUUCAUAAAAUGUGAUGUAAGAGUCCGAUUGUCUUCAAAUUUCGCACAUCCUAAUAUUUAUAUUAACCAAAGCUCUGGUGUUAAAAUGGAAUAUAUCUGUCCACUCCUUCUGGUACCUCCCCCACAAAUGGUCGAAUUUUUCAAAAAUAAAAUAUAUUUUUUUGCACAAAAAGAGAAACGAUUAUCCGAUUUUGCUCCAACUUUGCAAAUCCUUAUAUUUGCAUCAGUGCUAGGUCUGGUCCGAAAAUGGACAAUAUUGGUCCACUCCUUCUGGUACCUCCCCCACAAAGGGUCACCAUUUUAAAUAAUUACAACUCUCAUAAAAUGAGAAUUAAGAGUUCGAUUGACUUCAAAUUUCACCCAUCCCAAUCAUUUUAUUAGCCAAGGUCUGGUGUUAAGAUGGAGUAUAUCGGUCCACUUCUUCUGGUACCUCCCCCAUUAAUGGUCGAAAUAUCUUCUGCACAGAAAGGGAAGCAAUAAUCUAAUUUUGAAAAACAUAACACUCAAAGAAAGCGAAAUAAGGAUCCAACUCUCUUCAAAUUUCACACAUACAAUAAUUUUUGCUAACACCAGAUCUGUUGUGAAGAUGCUAUAUAUCUGCGAACACCUUCUGGUACCUCACCCACAAAGGGACACAAUUUUCAAUAUUUAUAUCUAUCAUAAAUUGCGAGGCAACUCAGCGAUUAAAAAACGAAAUAAUUGUGUUUCAAUUUUUAAAAUGAAGAUACGUCUCCAUUAAAGUGAAUAACAUUUCAAAAAAAUGGGAAAAACUUGGUGACCAAGUUUAUACAAAAAAAAUGGGAUCAUAACGAAAUUACUAAAUUUCAAUUAAAUUACUGCUGUAUAAUUAUUAAUUAUAAUUGUCAAAAAAUGUUAUUAUAUAAAAAUCCUUAAUUGUUAAUUUAAGUUCUUGCCAUAAGUGUUAAAAUUUAAAUAUUACUAAUAAGAAAAAAAUGUAUAAUUAAAAAAAAAAAACAAAGUACAAGUAUUCCAUAUCAUUAUAUAUUGUAUAUAAGAUCCUCUUGAGGUUAUAUUCUAAAUAGAUAAGAUGUAAAGGUUUAACAUGUAGGUAUGAUGUAAAUAUAUUCACAUAGUUCUUAUUUGUAAAUAUGUAAGUAGUUUAUGUUUUGUAUUUAUAUAAUAGAACAAUAUGUCAUUUUAUGUUUUAAUUUGUAUUGGAAAUUUAUUAUAAAUUGUAAAUGAUUUUUUUUAGAAAAAUUACCGUUUUGUUUAUUUUUAAGUCAAUAACGAUAAGUAUGUUAAGAUGCCAAUCUCAUUCUCCAUGGAAUCCUUAAGCAACUCUGGUGAUAUCAAUUAGUUAGAAGAAAGCAUACUUUUACACUUGUGUUUAAUUGUCAUAAGAAAUAAAAUAAUAAUAAACAGAUUGUGAUAAAUGUGUGAGUGUGUGACAAAAAAGUAAAAUGUGUUUUUUUUUUUUCUUGACUGUUUUUUUAGGAAAAUUGCAAAUUAUUUUUUAACAAGAUAACAGAUGUACAGGUUGAGAUGAAAAAACUGCAACCAACUUUAGACUGCUGUCAUUUCUAAUCGACUCGUCCGACAGCUGUUAAAAUUAUUCCAGUGACAGCUCAUUAUAUUUUUUACAAGCGCACAAAUACAUUUUAGUUAAAAAAUGUUAUUCGUGAUGGAAUUCAAGCUUAAUUUCUUUAUAUUUAGCUGGAAAAGCACAAGUGGGUAUCGUUAGAGCACUCCAAUAUUUAAAUUUGAAUAAAUCUUUUGUGUCUCGUACCAUCGCUCGUUACCGUGAUACUGGUAGCGUAACCUGACGUCAAGGAAAUGGACGGAACAGAAAACAACAUCAGCAGAAAUGGUUCGAAAAGUAAAGAAGCGACUUGAUCGAAACCCGUGUCGAAGUGGCCGAAAAUGGCUCGUGAGCUAAACAUAUCGCAAUAUUCCAUUUGGCAAAUAUUGAAAAAUGAGCUCGGGGUAGAGCUAUUGAAAUUCCAAAAAGUGCAAGAACUUUCACGGCAACAGAAAGAAAUUAGACUCAAAAGAGCUAAACAGUUGCUUCGCUUUGCCGAAUUUGGUUUUCUCCGAUAAGAAAACUUUCGUUGUCCAGCAGUUUACUUGCGAAAGAGGUCAGCUGAAAAUGUGCACCUUCGGUUGGCCAUCAGAACUCAAGCGCUGGCCAUGGUGAUGGUGUGUGCCACCAUAACAGCCGAUGGUCGCUCUCCGCUCGUAUUAAUCGACCGUGGCAUCAGAAUAAAUGCCGGAUAUUAUCGUGAAAAUAUUCUAGAGGGUGUAUUAAAGCCUUGGGAACGCAAACAUCUUGACCGCAGACCUUGGACAUUCCAACAGGACUAAGCAACAUUGCAUUCUGCACGCGCCACCCAAGAAUGGUUACAAAAUGAGAUUCCUCGCUUCAUUUCCAGCGCACAAUGGCCACUAAAAAUCUCCGGAUACCAAUCCGUUGGACUAUUGUGUCUGAAGUAUUUUGGAAAGCCAGGUUUGCACUAAAAAAUACCAAAGUGUCGAUCACCUCAAGCAAGCGCUUCGCUGGGAAUGAGCCAAAAUACCGCAGAGCAACAUUCGGGCAGCGUGUGACGGUUUUAUUGGCCGUGGCCAUAAUUCGUGUCAAUUCGAACAAAUCUAAACUUAUUCUAAAAAUUGAUGAUAUUUCCGACAUUUUUUGCUUUCAUUCAAUAAAAUUUAAAAAAAAAGUAAAAAUGAUGGCGUUUGACUUUGUUGCAGUUUUUUAUCUCACCCUGUAGAGAUGUGCCAAGACUGAAUGGAAUCGGACGUUAUAUGUGCCUCAUGGAUAUUUAAAAUUUUGAUCCUAUGUGGAGGAGGUACCGGAAAGAGUGGACCGACAUAUUCCAUUUUUACACCAGACCUUGGGUUAAUAAAAAUAUUGUAAUGCGUGUAAAUAAAGACAAUCGGACUCUUAGAUCACAUUUUAUAAGAGUUAUAAUUAUGGGGGGUGUUCUUAAUCAAGUGGACCGAUAUGGUCCAUUCUCGCACCUGAACCAGCAAUUAUGCCGAUAUCAGGAUGUGCAAAGUUGCUGCAAAAUCGGAUUAUCUUUUCUCUUUCUGUGCAGUAAAGUAUGUUUUUAUACCCUCCACCAUACUAUGGAGGGUAUAUUAAUUUUGUCAUUCCGUUUGUAACUCCUCGAAAUAAUCAUGUCAGACCCAACAAAGUAUAUAUAUUCUUGAUCAGCGUAAAAUUCUAAGACGAUUUAGCCAUGUCCGUCUGUCUGCCCGUCUGUCUGUCUGUUGUAAUCACGCUAUCUUUUGAACAAAUUGAGAUAGAAAGCUAAAAUUUUGCACACAUGUAUAUUUUGCCAGUAGGCAGGUUAAGUUCGUAGGUCCAAGUUAUCAUAUAGCCCCCACAUAACGGUACCUCCCGAUAUUCGGUAUUUUGAUGAUUUUAGCGACAUUAUUCCCCGGAAUUGUUUCAAAUUUGGCAUUUGAAGUUCGUAACGGAUACUACAGCCUAAGACACAAUAUUAUCUGUGCAGGUCCACGUCUUCGUGAAGCCCCCAUAUAACGGUACCCCCCGAUAUUCGGUAUUUUGAUGAUUUUAGCGACAUUGUUUGCUUAUUUCUCAUUUUAUGAGAGAUAUAAUUUUUCACAAUUUUGACCCGUUGUGAGGGAGUUACCAUAAGUAGUGGAGCAUUCUAUCCCAUCUUCAUACGAGAUCUUACGCUGGUAGAUACACUGGGAUGUGCGAAAUUUUAAGACCAUCGGACAGUUUAUUAAAAUUAGAAUUAUUCGAAAUUUUAACCCUUUGUGGGGGCUGCACUUAAUGGAGUGGGCCGAAUUUCUAUUUUACACCUGACCUAGCACUGAUAAAAAUUAGUAUUUGCAAAGUUUGCACAAAAAUCGAAUGAUUCUGUAUUUUUGUAGAAGAUAAAUUAAUUUCUGUGAAAAUAUUGACUCCUCGUGUGGGAGGUAGCAGAAGGACUGGGCAGAUUUGCCCAUCUCCGAAUUAUAUCUAAUUAAAUCCUAUUAAUAUUAAUGUUACGAUACGGUACCAAGUUCAUUCCAAAUUGGAUAAUCCCAGCCAGCCAGAUGGACGGAGACCAUUUGUUCGACUCCAAAUGACAUAAAACGGAUUUGUUCGAAAGAGACCUAGGGUCUAAAAAAAAUGAUUUCGCUGAAUAAUGUUUUGGCCGUAUAAAAUGAUACAUACCAUUUGGCUGAGGGUACAACGAAUUAUGUAUUUAAAAAAAAAGUCAUUUUACUAAAAUCUUCCGGCACCCUCAAAAAUGACAGCUUUUCAAAGGAAAUUGUGGCCUAAAAAUGCCAGGUUGUCAAGUCUUCAUUUUGGUCAUAUCUUCGAGAUUUUUUAACCCGAUUUUUCCAUAUUAGAACUAAACAUCAAUUCUCUAUUAUGCGCUUAUUCAAAAUGUAUAUAUUGUGAUGAUGGGGUCUCCGAUAGAUAGUUCGAAAUUUUUAAUUUAAUAUGAAGGAGACAUGGAAAGCUAUAAUAUAUGAUUCAUUUAUUUGCCCGUCUGAUAAUAUAACGCCAUCUAUAGGAAAGUAGUUAAAGUAUUUUAUUCAAUUGCCUGAGAUAGGAUGGGCAGCUCGAAAAUUGGUUACAAUACAAAAGUGACAUCUCUUUGUUGGCGCCAUCUAGAAGCGGAUGGCUGUGAUACAUCAAACACAAAUUAAGGUACAGAGAUAGACUGGAUAGACUUUUAAAAUAAAACGACAAUGAAAUAUUAAUAUUUUAUUUUCCACUAGAUGUCUCUACUCAAUUUACCUGUUGCCUAAGUUUUAGGUGUACGAAUUUUGUAUGAAACAUCCGAAUAUUGUUCGAAUUUCGUAUCAAACAUCCUAUUAUUUUCCCAUUUUCGAAUGAUUUAAUCGAAUUUUUCCCGAUUUCUGGAUACAACUAUAGAAUAAAUUUAGAUUUGUAUCCGAAUUUCGUGUCAAACAUUUGAAAAUUUUGCGAAUUCCGUAUCAAACACCCUAUUAUUUUCCGAUUGUCGAUGGAUUAUUCGAAAUUUUCCCGAUUUUCGUAUAAAACUAUAGAAAAAAUGCAAUUUUUUUCCGAAUUUGAUAUCCAACAUCCUAUAAUUCUCCGAAUUUUCAAAUUUUCUUUAGCGAUUUCUAUACGAAUUCUCCCCGAAGCUCUUAUGUUCUUUUGUAUUUCUUUCUCAAGAAAAAAAAACUUUCAGAAUCUUGGGCAAUCUUACACAAUUUUUUCCGAGUUCGUUCCAAAUUCUACAUCAGAGUCGGAAACUUGUGCAGAGCUUUUUUCCGAAUUUGAAAAAAAAAUGUUAGCUGGGUUAACACGAAAGAAAGACACUAUGAGCAUUUUUAUGCCCUAUAUUAAGUUUGCCAUUCCGUUUGUAACACUGUGUACAUUUUAGAUAUAUAUUCUUGAUCUGCAUAAAAUGCUAAAUCUGUUUGCCUUCUAUGGAAAUCACUCUAGCUUCCGAACAAAACAAAGUAGGUAUAUAAAAUUUUAUUCAGAUGUAUUUUAGGUCUACAGGUCUUUUGGUAUUGAAAAUGGGCUAUAUAGGUCCACGUUUUAUGGUUUUUGGGGAAUUCUAGUAACGAUUUUAAUAGAAUUUGCUGUAAAUUGUAAAUAUGUGUUGACAGUAUGUAGUAAACAUCGUUGCAGAGAACUAUACAUACAUAUAUGGGUCCAAGUUUUGAUAUAGACCCCAUAUUACUGUAUCACCAGAUAUUCGGUAUUUUGACGAUUUUGAUGGAAGUGGUUUUGGAAAUGCGUCCUAUAUUUGUACGAAAACUACCAAACGACACUUAAUUUGUUAUUGGGUGAAGGAAAAAGGCUGGAAUCCCGA